AUGGUCGCGCAAGUCGACGAUGCGGAGUGGCAGGCGAAAGGAGCAGCUGGACUCGGCUCCAUCUCAUCGCUCUCACCAGAGUGCACGCCGCUCAAGCAUCGAUACGACUCUUGCUUCAACCUUUGGUUCAAAGAUUACCUCGCGAUCGGCGACGACCAGAUCCGGGAGCAGCAGCGACAGGGGGAGGCAUCAGGGAGCGGAACAGCGCAGCCAGCCGCCUCGAACAGCGGCAAGAAGAGGUCGAGUUGGUUCUCGGACGCAUCCUCCAGCUCUUCGGGCUCGACGAGGGCGUCGUCAAUAGCGGAACCCGACGUCGAAUCCAGCAAGCGUGCCAUCAUGGAGCGCUACGACCGAGAUUGCGGCAAGCUCUUCAACGAAUAUCAAGCUUGUGUCAGGGCCUUCCUCAGGAAAAGGGUGCCAAGAUCGUCGACCCUGUGCGUCGUGAGCACCCGCAUGGCCAGCCAGGGGUCCUACAACGGCAGCCCGCCAAAUAACCGAGGCAAAGAGAAAGAGUGA